ACGGACGACCGCCAUGUAGCGAUGCCCCUCGCACGAACCAGGGAGCGAGGCCAAUCCAACUCCUCUCUCAAUCCAAUCCUCCCACGCCCGGUUGCCUGCCGACGAGCCGCCACCGGCAGGGCCGCCGCCGGCCCCGCCGUGCUCGCUCCUCCUCAAUACCUCUCCACCACCGUCGUUGCCUGCACCCCUGCCGCGUACGUCUCGCGCGUGCCUUAGCUGCGACGGGCUCGUUUACAGCCGCUGCCGCAUGCGCCCGCCCGGCGAGCUCCGCCGCCAGCCGUCACCUCGCUUCCCUACGUCUCCCAGCCUCCGCGCCAGCCCGUCCCCGACCUCCCUUGCGCCCGCUGCCAUGUCGAGCAGAUGCCGCAGCCCAAAUCUUGAGCCAGGGAAACCCUAAUCGCCCCAGAACUAUAAGGCGCCGCCAGCACCGCAUUUCCCAAACCCUUGCGCCACAACCAGACGACAGGUAAGGGAGGAGAAGAGCAGCAGCGAAGAUGGUGUCGCUAAAGCUGCAGAAGCGCCAUGCCUCGAGCGUCCUCAAGUGCGGCAAGGACAAGGUUUGGAUCGACCCCAAUGAGAUCUGGGAGUUUGAACAAUUCACCAAGAGAAGCCAGUACAUGUAUAACAGAAUGGGUGGAAUUUAUCAUGAGAUCCUACCCAAAUCUGAGUACUUCUCCAAGGCACUGUACACCUUCCAUUUUGCCCAAAACGAUCUCACCUUGGGCUACCUCAUCAAUAAGACUACCAAACAGAUUGAGGCCUAUGACCCCAAUCCGAAGGAGCGGUUCACUGUGGCAAUGCAGACAUCGCGCUUAAUGGUGAUUGCGCACCGGAGACCCUACUCUCGCCGCGGAUAGGCAAUCCUGUCAUGGAUAGCUUCAUCGAGAUCAAUUCCAGCUCCCAUACCGUUGGUCUGCUGGAGGAGUGCCUUGUGCCCGUAGGCUGUCCAAGUGAGGAAAUCAUCUUCUCUUUGCUGUCUAACAAGGCUUGGUCCAACGUUCUCAAGUGGUUGCCAACAUGCUCGGUUGUUCCAUUGAGGCGUGUGUGCAAAGACUGGUCUGCGCUAAUUAAGAGCGAUUGGUUCAUAAAGCUACACACUAUCCACGCAAACAUGGGCCUAAAGACACCCCGGAUCAGGCUCAUCUCGGCCGUCGACGCGUUAUUCACGUAUCUAGAUGGGACGGAGCUUCGGGAGAGUGAAAUUGCUGCGUUCAUGUUUUGUGGCCCCAUGAAAGUGGUGUGCUCUAAGCCAUGCCAUGGUCUCAUGGUUGGUAGUUGCACCAUGCCGUCCUUUUCAUUUGAUUUUAUAUGCAAUCCUGCCAUGGGUUAUUAUAAGCGGAUGGAUCUAGAUCCGGAUGCAGACUCCACUUUUGCUUCUGGUAGAAUCGGACUAGGGUACGAUUCAAGGAUGAAUAAGCAUGUACGGGCAUGUCUUGUGUACCACGAGAGGAACAUGGAGACUCGGAAUUAUCGAUUGGGGUGUUUUGUCCACCUCACCGACACAGAAACAUGGAGGCCAAUCAGCCCUCCGCCUAGGCCAGCGGCCGAAAUGCA